CGAUUAGCAGAGAGCUCGCUGCGUUCCCCCACCAUCUGCCAACCUGCGCGUCGCAGUUAUAGACUCUGGUGAACUGCUGUAUAAGUAAGUCCACUGCGCGGGAAAAGGAUUGGCAGGAAUGCCAACCUUGUAUGCGCGUGGAUGACAGCGUUCGUUGGGCAGAAAGGGACAGCCAAGUCCCUAAACCACGCCACCCUCUCGUCAAUUAAUUUGACAAAAAGAGGGGAAAAAUACGUAAAUGCGAACAAAACACCUCGAGUGAUAAAGAGAAAGAAAUAAUUGGACAAUUAUCGUGACUCUGUAAUGAAUGGCGGGAAUCAGUUACGUAAAUUGAAAUUAAAGAUGAAAAAAAUUACAUUUAUUUACACUGCGUACGAUACGAGGCUUUAAUAAGAUUUGUUGUUGCGAUAAAAUUGAAACAUGAACAAAAAUUUCAAUACUUAUUUAUGUAUGUAUGUAUGUAUGUAUGUAUGUAUGUAUGUAUGUACAUACAUAUACAUGUAGAGAAUAUUGUAUAAAAUGGCGUUUGCUACGAGAACAGCUGUUGUUUACUGACAAAAAAGAGAAAACAAGGAUUAUAGUCGAUUUAGAUUGAUUUAGAUGGAAUGAUAUAGUAUAUAAUUUUGCACAAAGUGCAAUUUCGUGGAUGCAAAUUAAUUAAAAUCAAUUCAAGGCAGACAGUAAAAUGAAAAUGUUGUGCUUGAAAUAUGUAGUAGUAAGAAAUCAAUUGAAAUGACAAAACGAUUCGUAUAGUGGCGGCAGUGGUAGCAAGCAGCAGUGCGAUGAUAGAUGAUAGUGGCAGUGGCGGUGGUGAGCAGAGGUGAGGUGAUUGUGCGAUGAGUGAUGGUUGAAGAAAAGACAAGUCAAAGAGAAAUUCUUUAGCGUGUCUAACAUCGAUGACAGUGACUUGAAAUUGAACUGGUUUAAUCGAUUUGUCACAAGAGAAGGAACAAAAUUAAAUGCAACCACUGUGAGUUGGAGAGAAGUAAGUGAAUGUUGCGUUUAAAAGUCCAAGCAACACUUAUUUCUCGAAUGUUUUAACAUUUUUCUAACCAUUGUUACGUAAAAGUAAGGAUAAAGUGUCGAAAGAAGCAACAAUGAAAUCAUAUUCAUAAUUUCUCAUUUAAUAUUUCGAUGCGAACACAACAUAUAUAUAUAUAUAUAUAUAUGUAUAUAUAUAUAUAAAUACAUAUAAUACAUGUCGGAUAUUGGAUUUUCAAAAUUUUCAAAGAAUCAAUGGAUUUACUUGUAUGACGUUACUCAGCGAUUAUUUAAUCGUAUUUUCGGAAUACUGGACAGUUUGCUACGACUAAAAGAUGACCAAAUAUCGUCCAGUAUCGCAACCAGUCUCCAGUGAUAAUCAUCGUUUCUACCACUGCUUUCAUGAGGAAUCACCAUGAAUGCCAGAACUCAGUUGUUCGAGUUAAGUAUGGAGGGAAGACAAGUAGACGAAGCGGUAGCAAGCAUUUUCCACAGUGUUCUUUUUCAUAGAAGCCUUGGUAAAUUCAAGUACAAACAAGAAGGUAGUUAUUCAGUAGGUACCGUCGGGUAUCAAGAUGUCGAUUGUGACUUUAUCGACUUCACUUAUGUCUGUUGUUCGUCGGUGCAUUUGGAUCAAACUUUGAAACGUGAAAUAUCAGGUUUUUCUGAGGCUUUACGUUCCACCGAUAGUCCAGGUUCCGGCCAAAUAUCGUUGGAAUUCUUUCAGAAGAAGAAAAAUCGUUGGCCGUUUCAACCAGAAUGCAUACCAUGGGAAGUAUGGACAGUACGUUUGGAACUUAUCAAAUUAACGACCGAACACGAACGACAAAUAUGCAGAGAAAAAGUCGGGGACUUGUUGACGGAUAAAAUUCUGUACAUAACAGAAGUAAUGAAUCGACACGAUUAUCUUCCGAAAAUGCCAAAUCAAGCUGAAUUGGAUUUGAUCUUUGAUACGUCGUAUCCCGACAUACAACCUUAUCUAUUUAAAUUAUCUUUUACAACGUCUAGCCCGUCGAGUACGACGAUGGGUAAUACUAUGAAGAAAUUGAUCAAAGAGACAUUAUCUAUUUAGUUGUUUACUCUUUCUUGGGGACUUUUUAGUGCAAUGCAUCUAUAAUGCAAAUUUCUUAAUAUAAAUAACAUUGGAAAGUUGUCUUUACUAACGAAAGACUCGUCGUUGGUCGUUAUCUAUCGAAUAUGUUGCGCUUACAAUUAGAUGUACAUACAUGACUCGAUAUCUCAUUAUUUUCUUUUACUUGUUGUUGUUGUUGUUCACCUGUUUCAAUUAGCCAAGAUUCAGUGUUGUACGUUUUAUACAUAUGACGCGCAAAUGGAGUUUCAAGCUUGCUUCGUACGGUAACGAAAAAUGACAAUGAUUAUGUGCGAUGAAAAGACUAGUGCCGACCAGUGUAUUAUAUUCCAGGUGUCUGUGCUGACAAUACUUGUCAGAAAAUCAUCCGAUGCAUUACGGUUGUAUAGACUUGAAAUAUUUGGAAAAAUUUCUAUAGUACAAAGGAAGCAAUCGUGGUGUAGCAGUUACUUUUUUGUAAACAUACUGUUUCAACUGUCAUUCAAGUCCAUUGCAUUAGUUUUCUAGGUAAUCGGUUAUACAUUAAAUAUUUAAGUAAAUGAUUUUAUAAUUACGUUAUUCACUAUUUCGAAUAUUACUAGUAAUCGCAAAAUAGAACCAAGUUUGUACAACCUUUGGGAAAAAAGACGGUUAUUUUUCGUUGUUUGAAAAAUAGGAAAUUUAUAUUUAAAAUGUUUAAUAUAUAGCUGGAACCUAGAUUCAUUACUGUAAAUUGUAAAUAAACGUGCAAGUGCUUGUAUUCUCGUCUUUCUCGUUUACGCGUUUUCACACGUAAGUAAGUAAGUAAGUAAGUAAGUAAGUAAGUAUACAUAUAUACAUAUUAAAAGGAAAUCGUUGCUUCUUCAAAAUUAUAGGGGCCAUGAUAUAAACGCGUUUUACGCACUGUAAUUAAAGUAAUGUAUUUUGGGAAGCGUGUAUGUACAUUAUAAUCAGUUGAACGUGUUUAAUUAAAAUGUAUACGGUGUAUUCUCAAGAUUGAACUCGGCAGUUUCCUCGUUGCAGUUAAACUAGUAACGUAUUUAAAAUUGAAUUGUUUUAGAUUUUGAAUUUAGUUGAUUUACAUGCUUUAUCGAUACAUAAUUGAAAAGAAAGUAAGAUAAAAUAUUGCGUAUACGAAGGUAUCUUGUCGCACGUAACGCACUGAACAGGCAAAGAAUAUUCAUCUUGGCAAUAAUAAACGUUAUGAUGAACGUCAAAAUCGACAAGAUGCAUACAUGUACAAUAAUAUCCUGAUUGAAACGAUCACGUUAUAUACAUAUACUUAUACGAACAUAUUUAAUUAACGAACGAACGAACGAACGAACUCUAAACAAUUAGAUAAUAAGUAUGAUGCGCAAGAAGAACGGAGUAAAAAAUAAUAAAUUAGGAAAUUUGAUACGUUGCACGGAAAUAAUUAAAAAAUAAUUAGGAUUGCGUCGGAAAAGCAAAUACGUAUUUCUUGAUAAAAAGAAAUAGAAGAAGCGAGUGAGUUAGUAUCGUCGGGAAAAUGAGAAAAGUUGUUGAGAAAAAAAGAAUGUAAAUUUCCACGAUAGGUUUGUUCGUUCGUUCGUUCGUUCGUUCGUUCGUUCGUUCGUUCGUUCGUUCGUUCGUUAAUUGAAUCGAAUUAUUUGCUAUGAUAAGAAAAAUAAGCCUUGUUAAGAAAUUUGUAUUUUCUGCGUAGUUGUCCGAUUGUUUUGCAUUCGUAUUGGUUAUUAAAAGAUAGAUUUACGUUACUGUAAUUUUUGAAGAAAGCAGAGAGAAUAAGGCAAAAUGUUAAGUGUUUUAUGCAAAAUAGGAAGGUGAUGUCGAGGUUUGUACCGUUCAAGUACAUUCGUGUAAAAAUAACGAAAUAGGGUGAAGAAAUAAGAAGGAGGAAAGGACCGCGUCUCGUGAGAUGUACCUUUAAAUUUGAAGGGACAGAGAUUUCUGAAUAAAGCGAUUCUUUCAUAUUUUUA